UUCGAUCGAGUUUCCGACGCGAUAGCUGCCAAGCCGCCGUCGACGCCAUGUCCGAGGUCUUCGCCGUCUGGGAGGACGCGCUCUACGACAAGCGCAAGCCCGAGAUCAUCCAGGAGGUGGACACGAAGUACUGCUGCCUCGUGGAGUGGGUCGAGCAGCCGCUGCCGGACACGGAGGCGGAGAUCCGGAAGACGAUCCGCCGCGCGGGCCCGACGCUGCCCCAGGAGAUCAUCGACGGCAUCCCCAAGGAGGACCCCAAGGAGACGGGCAAGCUCGACAUUUUGGCCUUCGUCGACGAGAGCGGCCUCGUCGGCGAGAUGAUGGACGUGCUCGCGCGCAAGAAGCACGUCGGCAGCAAGAAAUUGGUGCCCGUCUGGGGCAACGACGACCUGCUGGACGCGGCGAAGAUCGAGGAGCUCCUCGCCGACGAGUGGGACAUGCUCAUCUUCGGCGCGGGCGUCGACCUGCCGGAGAGCAACGACCCCGACGACAUCGUCGCGUGGUCCGACCGUUUGAUCAAGAUCUUCCUCAUCAUCUGCCAGCUCAUCCAGCGCAAGCCGGCCUACGCGAAGAAGAUCUUCGUCCUGACCUGCGACACGCACGGCAACGAGCCCAAGACCUGGGCCGAGGCGGGCCCGGGCCUCACGGCCGCGAGCCACCUCUUCGGCAUGUGCAACACGUGCCGCAUCGAGUGCGCGGCGACGCCCAUCCACUACGUCGACGCCGAGUUCACGGUCACGGACGAGAUCGUCGAGGAGCUGGCCAACGAGGUCACGCGCCAGGCGGGCUUCGGCGAGAACUCCGUGCGCAUCAACUGGCGCGGCCGCUUCGUCGCGCGCAUGGUCCUCGCGGAGCCGCGCUACACGUCCAACUACAAGUUCCAGACGCCCAAGUCGGGCACCAUCGGCAUCGGCGGCGGCAACGGCGCCCUGGGCCUCGUCAUGUGCAAGUAUUUGCUCGAGCGCCUCGGCGACGACCGCGCGACGGUGACGCUCGACAUCAAGAUGCUCAGCCGGUCCUGCAAGAUCUCGGGCGCGGGCAACGAGAAGCUGUGGAACGACAUCAAGAAGCUCAUCGCGGGCACGUCCAUCACCGUCGUCCAGGAGUCGUGCGACGUGUCGAAGCGCGAGGCGAUCGAGAAGUUCGUCGAGGACAACGCCGCGAGCCUCUCCGGCUUCAUCCACUCGGCGGGCAUCCUGCGGGACGCGCUCCUCAUGAACCAGGACGCGGAGAAGUACGACGACGUCUUCAAGCCCAAGGCCUGGGCGGGCCUCUACCUGAACCACGCGCUCGAGAAGUUCCCGUGCCCGAAGCUCGAGUUCAUGUGGAUGUUCUCCUCCGUGGCGACCUACGGCAACCCGGGCCAGUCGCCCUACAGCGCGGCGAACUCGCUCCUGGACUCGCUGGCCCGCUACCGCAAGUCGCAGGGCCUGCCGUGCACCGUGAUGCAGUGGGCGGGCUGGGGCGAGGUCGGCAUGGCCUCGAACAUGGAGGGGUUGGCGAAGAAGCGCAUGGACGAGUCGCCCAUGCCCUUCUUCACCAACGCCCAGGGGCUGUCGGGCAUGGACACGGGCAUCUCCACGGGCGUGCCCAACUUCUGCGUCAUGCGAUACAACACCAAGGCCUUCUUCGAGCAGAACAACAAGGAGGCCAAAUCCGCCGCGGAGCGCUACGGCCGCAAAUUCUGGGGCUGCCAGGCGCCCUCGAAGGAGCUCACGGAGCUGGACCUCUACGACAACGUCAAGGCCAACUUCUACGAGCCCUACGAGAUGACCUACAAGCACUUCGUCUCCGGCGAGGAGUACACGCAGAUGAAG